AUGUUAAUUGCGAUCCGGUUAAUUUACGGACUUGAAAAAGAAUCUGCCCCCGUUGUGAGAAAUGUGACUCCCGAAAAUUUACAGUGGCUGAACACUGAAGGUCCUAUUUCUCUUCACGAAGACCUUUGUGGAAAAGUGGUGGUGUUGGAUUUCUUUACUUACUGCUGCAUCAAUUGUUUGCACUUGCUGCCCGAUCUCCAUGCCCUAGAGCAUCAGUACUCUGAUAAAGAUGGUCUUGUUAUUGUUGGUGUCCAUUCAGCGAAAUUCCCAAAUGAAAAGGUUCUGGAUAACAUCAAAAGUGCAGUUCUGAGGUAUAAUAUUGCCCACCCAGUAGUAAACGAUGCAGAUGCGACACUUUGGCAUGAACUGGAGGUGUCCUGCUGGCCAACUCUUGUCAUUCUUGGGCCUCGAGGAAACAUCCUGUUUUCACUUGUUGGAGAGGGGCACAAAGAGAAGUUGUUUUUAUUUAUUUCUGUAACUCUGAAGUUCUACAAAGAGAGAGGACAAAUCAAGGAUAACAGAAUUGCAAUCAAGCUAUACAGAGACUCCCUCCCACCUUCUCCCUUGCUAUUUCCUAGCAAAGUUACUGUAGAUAAUUCAGGAGAAAGAUUAGUAAUAGCAGACACUGGACAUCACAGGAUUUUGGUUACCCGGAAAAAUGGGCAAAUUCUACACACUAUUGGAGGUCCAAACAGCGGAAGAAGAGAUGGAAGAUUUUCAGAGGCAGCUUUCAACUCACCUCAGGGGAUUGCUAUAAAAAAUAAUGUGAUUUAUGUAGCUGAUACAGAAAAUCAUCUAAUUAGAAAGAUUGACCUUGAAUCAGAGCUGGUGAGCACUGUAGCAGGCGUUGGGAUACAAGGUGUUGACAAUGAAGGUGGAGCAAAAGGAGAGCAACAGCCCAUCAGCUCCCCGUGGGAUGUGGUCUUUGGAAAUUCAGUUUCAGGUUCCCAGGAAGAUGGUGUUUUAUGGAUAGCCAUGGCAGGCACUCAUCAGAUCUGGGCACUGAUGUUAGAAGAUGGAAAACUACCAAAGGGAAGCGAUUUAAAAAAAGGAGUCUGCCUUCGAUUCGCUGGGAGUGGGAAUGAGGAGAACAGAAACAACGCGUACCCACAUAAGGCUGGCUUCUCACAGCCUUCGGGUCUCUCCCUGGCUUCUGAAGAUCCCUGGAAUUGCCUCUUUGUAGCCGACAGCGAGAGCAGCACAGUGCGAACGGUCUCUCUGAAAGACGGAGCAGUGAAGCACCUUGUAGGAGGCGAGAGAGAUCCAUUGAAUUUGUUUGCCUUUGGUGAUGUGGAUGGAGCAGGCAUAAAUGUAAAGUUGCAGCAUCCUCUAGGAGUAACCUGGGACAAGAAAAGAAAACUGCUGUAUGUGGCUGAUUCCUAUAAUCAUAAGAUUAAGGUUGUAGAUCCCAAAACGAAGAACUGUGCCACCCUGGCAGGCACAGGAGAAGCAAGCAAUGUUACUGCUUCCAGCUUUACAGAGUCAACUUUUAAUGAACCAGGAGGUCUAUGUGUUGAGGAAAGCGGCCGCUUGAUGUACGUUGCAGACACAAAUAACCAUCAGAUUAAAGUGCUGGAUUUGGAAACAAGAAUUCUUUCCACGUUGCCUAUCCUGAAUCCAGGAGCAUGUGAUGUUCCAGAUCAUCAAUCUGUACAAAGUGAUAAAACAGCAAACCUUCCAAAACUGCCUAAAUCUUCACCAAACAUUCAACUUCCUUCACUGGCUGUAAGUCCUGGCCAGACAAUUCAAUUUCUGUUAAAGUUGGCUCUUCCUCCAGAUGCAAAACUGAAUGAAGAAGCACCUAAUUCCUGGUUCAUCACAGCAGAAGGUAAAUUGUUUGUAUUGUCAUGGCAGUUGAACUAG